AUGCGUCAGUUUCAUGACACUUCCGAGAAGCUUCUUCAGCAGUAUGUGGAUCUCAAGGCACCCCUCCCUCCUUCUCAUUCACCCCAGCCCUCCCUCCUUCUCAUUCACCCCAGCCCUCCCUCCUUCCCCAAUCUUCUCCUGAUCUCUCCCCCAUCCCCCUUCCCUCCCUCCCUGCCCUCCCCAUGCGUGCACAAACCAUAUGUGGAUCUGGAGGCACGGAAGCUGCAUCAGAUGAUCGCCAAGAGUGUGUCCACACCACACUCCAUUCAUCCCUCCUCCCCUUCCGCCCCCACACCUCUGCCUCCCUCACCUUGCCUUGGCCAUGCGUGCGCAUUACCAUACAAGGAGCCUCGGGAUGUGCGUAUGGUGGUGGAUCUGAUUCUCCAGGAGGUGGAAUCAGUGGAAGACUCAGUGGAGCAGCUGCUUGAACCCGGGGCUGAGCGCUCCCGAACCUCGCGAGGAGGGUCGGGAAGCAGCUACGGCAAGAGCCGCGGGAGUGCAGGCUCGGGAACGGGAGGAGUGGGGGGAGGAGGAGGGGGGGGCGGUGGGAGGAGCGGGAUGGGAGGCGGGCAGAAGGAGAGGGGGGGCACGAGGGGUAGGGUUUUGGAGAGGGAUGUUGCGAAGCUGUUUAAGCAACGAGUGGAGAUCUUUACUAAGCUUGAAUUCACUCAGGUGUCGGUGAUGGCCACAGUGGUGAAGCUGACUCUAAAGAGCUUCCAGGAGUGCGUGCGCCUGGAGACGUUCAACCGAGGCGGCUACCAGCAGAUCCAGCUGGACGCUCUCUUUCUCUGUGAAUCGCUUCGGGCUUAUGUGGACGACGAGAGCGCUGUGGACACUCUUAUGGACGAGGUGUGCACGGCAGCAGCAGAGCGCAGUCUCGACCCCACAUCUAUGGAUGCAGUUGCCAUGGACCGAAUCAUGCAGGCCAAGCGAUCUCGAGCAUCCGCAUAA